GGCCAAGUCCGGAGCGGGGCAGCGGUGCGAGAGCUUGGGCGCUCCUCACUAAGGCAGGGAAGCAGGGGCCGGCCCAAGCGGAAGGUGGCCUCCAGCCGCAGGGGACCCGGUGGCCCCGGGCGGCCCCGCCGAGCGCGGCGAGCAGCUGCCGGGAGAGGGCGCGGGGGCAGCUCAGAGCCUCCCGCCGGGCCCGGGCCGGCGGCGGAACGCAGCGGCGGGCGCCGGUUGCGGAGGGCCGGUUUGAGGAGGGCACAGCGCGGCGCGGCGGGCGGCCGCGGUGCCGGCAUGAGGGAGCUGGCGCCCGGCCUGGAGAUGGAGAGCGACAUCUUGGACGCGCUGGAGGCUUUGGGGUACACAGGUCCUCUGUUGGGGGAGGAAGCCCUGAACAAAGCAGCAGAAAAUGGAUUGUCUUCGCCAGAAUUUUUUGAGCUUUGUGUUUGGCUAGGUUCCCAAAUAAAGUCACUCUGUAAUAUGGAAGAAAGCAUCACUUCAACAGGUGAUAAAGAUGUAGAGAGCUUGCAGCUUGAGAUUAGUGGCUUUCUGAGAGAAAUGGCUUGUCCAUAUUCAUCACUUAUAUCUGGAGACAUCAAGAACAGAUUAAGAGAGAAAGAAGAUUGUCUUAAACUCCUCUUAUUUCUAAGUACAGAACUUCAGGCUUUGAAGAUAUUGCACAGCAAGAAAAUUAAAGGCUCUCAUUUGGAAAAGCACAAUGAGAUUUAUCAGGAAGUGCAAGCUAUUUGUGAUGCACUGGGCCUGCCAAACUCGUCGUCUUCUGAUGCUCCUCCCUUGUUAACCAAUGUGGAACAAAAGAUAAAGGACAUUCUCUCAAAAGUUCAAAAUAACCAUGUCGGGAAAUCACUGCUAACAAAGCCUCUGAAUUCUGACCAAGUGGAAAGAUUGGAAAAAAUCAAUGAUGCUCUUCGCAGUGAGUACGAAUGUCGACGACGUAUGUUAAUGAAGAGGCUAGAUGUGACAGUACAAUCUUUUGGCUGGUCUGAUAGAGCAAAGGUAAAAACAGAUGACAUAGCACGAAUCUAUCAGCCCAAGCGCUAUGCAUUAUCUCCGAAGUCAACUAUUACAUUAGCUCACCUUCUUGCUGCUCGAGAAGAUUUAUCGAAGAUCAUAAGAACAAGUAGUGGAUCAACGCGGGAAAAUACAGUCUGUGCAAUCAACAAGGUUCUGAUGGGGAGAGUACCUGACCGUGGAGGCAGACCAACAGAGAUUGAGCCACCUCCUCCUGAAAUGCCUCCUUGGCAAAAAAGACAAGAAGGUGGUGGAAGAGGUGGCUGGGGAGGAGGGGGUGGAAGGGGCAACUGGGGAGGUGGAGGAGGUAGAGGAGGAGGAGGAGGUGGGGGGGGGUUUGGAGGUGGGGGUUUCAGAGGUGGUGGAAGAGGUGGAGGUGGCUUCCAGGGUGGCAGGGGAGAUUAUGGUGGCAGGGGAGAUUAUGGCAGGGGAGGUUAUGGUGGCAGGGGAGGCUAUGGUGAUCCGUAUGGUGGAAGAGGAGGGGGAGGAUACCGAAGAUACUAAAAUACUGUAAAUAUUGACGGAAUAACUGGCAAAAUAUAGUGGUGGUGUUUACUGGUAUCAGGAAUUUAGAUAUGUUAACUUGGGUUUAGGUUAGAAUUAAGUAUGACCAUAUGAAUCAUUGCAUUAGACCAACUGAUGUUGUCUUUUAGUUAACCGAACAGACCUUUUAUACUAAAAUGUGAUGACUAAGUCCUUGUUUUCCGUAGUGCUCAUAUGGUGUUUUUUAAUAUGUCAUUUUAUUUAAAAUAAGUCUCAGAAAACUGAAUAAAACCCUUUCUAAACAAACAAAAAAAUAUAUUUAGUGUCCAGGCCAGUCUAAUUAUUGCAUGUUGCAUGUCCACUGCCCUGCUCCGAAAUGCCGUGUAGAAAAACAGAAUAGGCCUGAGAACCAGAUGGAAACACUUUUAAAAGACUCUAGAAUGCUGCUUUCCGUUUUUUUCUUGUCAUCUAGUUUUCAUGUGGGACACGUAAAUGAAUUUUAAUGUCAAAUGUUAAAAUCCUUAAGGCUUUGGUCAAAAUUAUUUGAUUAGGUUUCUUAUUUUUCCAGACUUCAUAUAAAAGUAACCUUCUGAAUUAAUACUCCACAGAAACUAAGAAAACCAGGUUGUUCUGUGUGUUCAUAAAAAUAUUAGAGACUCUUUGAAGGUCAGAGCAUGUACUGUAAACUGAGAAUCAUGGUGAGUUUUGAUAGUGUCUAUUUUCAUUUUACCUGCUUUUCAUUUUAUUGGUGUUUCAUAAAAAUAUUUUAAGAUCAGAUUGGGCAGGAAACGUCUGCAACCAUCAUGUCUGAUAAGAGUUCUUUUAUAUAUUCCUUCUGAAUCAGCCUUGAGACAUAAAGGUUGAAGAAGCUGAGCUGCUUCGGAAAGAACAUACUUUUUUUUUUUUUCCUCUUUCCCCUCCCCUGCCUGCUCUACGUUUGGGAAUCGCCAACUGCCCAGCUACUAAGACAUCUCAUACAGCAGUUGCCCUUCCUGAGUGACUUCUGUCUCUCUCUUUGCCAGCCAGUUGGUCUGAUAACAUAAAAGAAACUCUGUCAACUCUGUCUUGAUAUGGUAAGGGUGCCUUCUCCUUCACAGACAGUGUUGCUCUAGAAAGAAUUAUCUUUAAUACAGUUUUGGCUGUAAAUACGCAUAGACAAGAAUUAAAUUUAGAGAUGCCAGUUAAAGAAGACAGUUUCUGUUGUCCAGUGUCUUUUAGAUCUCUCCCCCUGCUGUGAUGCCACUCCUGAGUUCAGAGGUGGAACAGGGAGCUGAUGCCCGAGUAUAUACUCAUGACAGUAUUUAUGAGGCUCAGGUUACUACAGGAGGUUUGGGAAGGCAUCUGCUAAACCUGGGGGUGUCUGAUUGCGUAGCACAGAACCCGCAAAGCACUUCAGUCGAGUAUGUAGCUGUAGGCUUAACUGCAGGUUGAACUUAAGGAUUUGAUUUUGGUUUUAUGUUCCACAGUCAUGAGUUCUUUCCGCACAAAUUUUCUGUUGGUGUCCAUAUUUGGUAUGCUUUAAAGAUGUUAUUUUACCUUCAGGAACAGAUGCAUCAUGUCGUGUUUUGUAGGCAGCUUUAGGCAUGAAUGUAAAGCUUUGUUCUAAAUCAAAUUAUUAUCUCUUUCAAAAGCCUGUGUCAGGUUUUACUAAUUAGCUGUCACCAACCUUUUCAUUUGAAACCUUAAUCCAGAUAAACUUCAAAAGUUUCUCUCCUGUUGUUUCCUCUCUGAUCAUAGUCUGCUUGAGAAUGCUGCUUGUGAUGUGGUAGGUAUGGCCUUAACCAUACUUUAGGGUGCCUGCAGGUGCCUAACAAAAAAGGGCAGGAGUUUUCCUCGCUUGAACGUGUUAGCUUGGAUGUGAACUCUUGAAAUAAUGGCUUAACUUCACCCAGCUGCUAGCAGUGUAGUUCCUAUGCCAGUUUUUUCCUACACUCCUUUCUGGCCUAAGCUGUUGCCAGCCUCUGCAGUCACUAUGAAGAGGCCCUCGUGGGUCACAUGGGAGCGUAGUACUGGUUUCUUUGCUUUUGAGCUUGGUUUUUGCCUAAUGCUCUGGAAUAGCUCACAGAUUGAUGACGUACCAGGGGAGACUGCUGGCCUUGGCGAAGUGUUGGUCAGCAAAGGAAUGGAGAGAGUAGUUUUUAACAACCAAAGCCUUAAUAUAGAAUUGUUUGCUCAUCCCAAUGUUAUUUUUUGCUACAAGUAAUUUCGGAACAGCAGUCAAGCAUUUAGCUUCACCAAGGAAAUAUGCUAGGAAAAUGAAAUGGCUUACCUAAGCAUAAAGAUUUCAUCAGUCUUAAUAUGUGAGAUUGCACUGGUUUAGUUGACCUGAUCUAACUGUACAUGGAUGUGCCUUGGUGCUUUGACCCUCAUCAGUUUAUCCUGUCGGUAGCAGGCAGGACAGUUCUGGGUGAAGUAAACCAUCAAGUGAACCAGCUAUGUCCCCACAUGUAAUGCUAACAGUUAAAUUAUUUCGAUCUCAUACUUCAAGUAUAUUUGCGUAGACCAUGUAAAAGAUGGAAAUUUAAAUAGGUUGGAGAUUUUGGGUUUUAAUCUGGCCAUUUCAGUUUUUCUUAAGUAAUUCCAAAAUGUGAAGCCAGUAGUUGAAAACUAAAGUAAGCACCACCACAUUUCAUAGAGGUAUCCUUUUCUGUCCUCUGUUGUCAGAAUGUAUGCUUUUAAUUUAUCAAAAGAUGCAAUAAUACCAUGGGAAUAAUUGAUUUAAAUCUCUUCUCAAAUUUUGUAUGUUUGUCUUGAAAGUAUUUUCAAAAAUUCUGUUGUAAGUAAAAGUUUUUCAUAUAUAUGUUUGUGAGCAUUUUUGUGUUUAUUCACACUUAGUGAAUAUCUACCUGAAUAUUUUGUUUGAUAAAGAAUUGAAAAAUAGGUUGGGUGUUUUUUUUUUCAGGAUUUGAGAGAUACUUUUGUUAACAGCUGUAAACACUGAGGAAUAAAGUACUAUAUUUGACGUUA